AUGGCCCAAAUCAAGAAGUUAUGGCUACUGUUCUCGAUUAUCACCACAAUGAUAAUGCUGAUGUUUUUGAUUGGUGGAUCCAAUAUUUCACAGGGAUUCUCUUCGAGUUAUUCGUUUAAUGGAGAUAUGGACCCAAGAGCAAUGAGGCGAUUCAAAAAUUUAAUCGUGCAUAUCGAUUUGAAAGGAGCGCCGCCUCGAGUCGAAUAUCUCAUUGAUUUCUUCAAAUUAUUGUCAAAAAACCACGUGGAUGGUGUGGUGAUGGAAUACGAGGAUAUGUUUCCAUAUUCUGGAGAUUUAGAAGACGUCAGGAGGGAUUCUGGAGCAUAUUCAGAAGAUGACAUCAGAAGAAUCACAAUGGAAGCGGCUGCGUUGAAUUUGGAGAUUAUUCCGUUGAUUCAGACUUUUGGACACUUGGAAUUUUUAUUAAAACGCCCCGCAUUCCGCACUCUAUCCGAAGACUUCAUCGACAUCAACACAAUUUGUAUUUCCGACGAUCGAUCAAUCGAUAUCAUCCAUCAAAUGAUUCUUCAAAUUCGACGUCUUCAUCCGAAUUCCACUCGCAUUCAUAUCGGUUCAGAUGAAGCGUACCACGUGGCAGAAGACGUCAGAUGUCAUCAGAAGAUGAGCAAUGAGAAAAUUGGAAAAUCUGAGCUAAAAAUGAGACAUAUUGCGAAAAUUGGGAAAUUCGCUAGAGAAAUUGCUCAUUUUAAGACGGUUUUCGCCUGGAACGAUAUGUUUGACAAGGAGGCGGAGUCUGCGAUAAAAGGGGCGGAGCUUCACAAAUGGAUUGUUCCUGUGGUCUGGGGAUAUCGUGUGGAUGUCACAGAGGACGGAUACUUCCCAGAGGGUCUUUUUGAGAGGAUUCCAAAUGUUUUUGAGGAGUUUUAUGUGGCCAGCGCUUAUAAAGGUGCCGAUGGAGCGCGACAACAGUUUUCUAACAUCUCCCGCUACUUGGAAAAUCAGAAAUCCUACACAAAAUUGAUGGAUUUGCACCCAAAAGCAGCUGGAAAAGUGUCUGGAAUCUUCGUGACGGGAUGGAGUCGAUUCAAUCAUCUGAACGCGGUCUGCGAGCUACUUCCCGUUGCGAUUCCAUCGCUAAUUAUCGACUUAUUGUAUUUAAAUUAUGGAAUUUCCGGAAAUUCCGCAUGGAAAUCCAUGAAAAAUCAGCUGGAAUGUGAUCAGGAGACGUUUUUGAGAGGUGUCCUCUCGGAAUGGACCAUAAGAGGAUGCGAAUUUCCGGGGGCGGAUGUUUUUGAGAUUAUAAUGCACGAAUGGAAACGGCAGGUGGAUCGUCGGCUACUGGGUCGAGCCGACCUCUCACCGGACCAAAAAUCACCCACAGAAGUGCUGAGCAAUCUGAGAACAGCUCUAAAACCAAUCCUCUUCGACGCGGAUAUCGAUGAAAUUUAUCACCAAUACUUGAAUGAUUUCCAUUCCAUUCAUUCGAGAACAACCAUCUAUCCAGAUCUCAUGAACUCUUGA